AGGACUGCUGUGGUUACUAACACUUGUAUGCAUGUGUUUGCAGUGUGCCAUGUUGCUUCCCCUGCUUAGGCUAAAUUGUAAUGACUGACUACUAAAUAUUUAUCCAUACAGAACUAAACUGCAUGUGUAUGAAUGAAAUUCUUUAUACUUUAAUGUAACAAACAGUCUGUUUAACUAUAUAAGGCUGAGAUAAGCAGGUGAAGUAAAAGAUGGAUAAUGUAUGCCUUUACUAACACCAGUUUUUUUUAUAUUGUCAAAAUAUAAAUGACUGACAAGAUUUUUUCUGUUGUAGUACCAUCUGCUACACUGUCCACACCAACUGAACUGACGGGUUCACAAGUAGAUGCCCCUGCUCUGCCGAUGGUAAAGAGACCUGUGCCCCUUCCUCAGGAGCUGAUGUUCCUGAUGCCAGAAACACCAGGACCCUUGCCAACAGAGACAACUGUCACUGUUCCAGUGUCAGAGGCACUUCCGAUUUCUCCUGAGACGUCUGCAGAGCCCAUUCAACCGCCGCUGCAACCGCCAAGAGCUCAAAGUCAGCCAUUACCCAGGCCAUCAGCUGUCCCCAGCUGUCCUCCUCCACAGCUUCCUGGCUAUGACCAUGAUGUCAGUCAGUGGAACUGUUCACAGCAGCAGAGGAUCUGGAUGAAGACAGAGCUGGAAUCCCUGGGUCUCUGGCCAGGCUCCAUUCCUGUGCGCAACCCCAUGAAGAUGCUGUCACUGUGGCGUCUCCCUCCCCAGCCAGAAUUAAUUGACAGCAUCUCUGAUCUUCCAUCCCCAAAGUACUUUCAGCUCCAUCCCUUUUUCAUAUGGAAGCCAGAGAAUGACAACUUGAUGGCGAGGCUGAGGAACAACGACACUCUGCCAUGUAUUGAAGGUUGUGCUCAGCCUCAAGUUACCUCUGCAGGUGUUGGUAGGCCUCGUGUGAUUGUUGGCAUCACUGGACAGUACUACCUGUUGUCAUCCAGGCUGUGCUGCAAAGUUUGCCGGAAGAGGUGGUAUGCUGACAACCCACUGUGGCUGGAAAAGCUUCCAAAGAGGUUCACAAACCUGUUGCCAGCAAUACUGACCUACAAAAAGGCCAUCUGUAAAUCGGUCAUGGACGAGCUCAGACGCACAGGUAACUCACCCACCGACAUGACAAAGCAGAUCAUGGAGAUGAUGCACCUGAAAUACGAACGUGCUCACCUGGCCUACCUCCUCAGCUGCCAAAACACCAUGGAUGGCGAGGCAGGGAGGUAUGACCAAAGAACCAUCACUCAGUUCAUAAGACAGGAAACCAAGCCAGCUCCCUUCGGGGACUACGGGGAUUCAGAUGGCUGGAACGGGAUCUCUGUGUCUGCACACUACCUGACUGACUGCCUGCUGCAUGAGUAUCAACACCAGGAAGAUGCCAUCAAAAUACACAUUCACACCUGGAAGCUGCCCAGUACAACCACAGUCUGAUCUGCUGGUCACUGAGCAACUCCACUGGAGCGGUUGGGGGGGCCUUGCUCAAGGGCACCUCAGUGGUGGUAAUGAGGGAGGGCCACCACUGCCCCAUAUAAGCGGUUUAUCAAUGUAACCGUGAUCACUGUAACCGGUUUCCACUGUAUAUACUGUAUAUUUUGCUCAUGUAAAUAAUUAUUACAUUUAUUAUAUACAAUAUUAUAUUUACUUUACCUUACAUUUUUGUGUGAUAUAUGUGUGACCUUGCAAUAUGGGCUCUGUUGAAUAUUUACUGUUACAGUUGUGGUUAAUAAAUACAUUUCAUUCACUAAUGUCUACAUGUCUCAUUAAUAAAUUAAUAAUUUAUAGUGAACAGUAAAGUCUCUAAUUGAAGUAAUUAAGUAAUUGCAAUUUAAAUGUUACACAUAGGAAGAAAACUCUGUAAUAUAAUUGGUUAAUAGCUUUAAGUAAGUCAAGAACUUGAUAUAACCAGACUAGUCUAAUCUAAUGAUAAUCAGAAGAAGUAAAUAACAAACUAAGACUCACAUUUCUUGA